AUUUAAUUGGAAAAGAAUCCCUGACCACUUAUUAGCGGAGCAGUAAUUUGUUGGAGUAAUUGUGAAUUUAUGUCCACUUCUGCCUCUUGUCUCCUCUGCUUCUAUGCUACGUUCUCUGCCACUCUCUCUCUCCCUCAAAAGGAUUCAGCUUCUCCUAUCUGAAGUCCACGCCCCAAUGAAUCUGAGAGAGAACAAUUAAUCCGAUAGAGUACUUUGUGAAGAGGGUGGUCCCUGGAGUCGCUAAGAACACAGUACUCUGUUCUGUGCUCUGUUUCUGCUGCAGAUAUGGAGAAAAAGGAGGGUACGAGUUCUCCCGUUGGGGUGCUUGAAGAUUACUUCAGAAGCGAAGAAUCCGAAAGCUGUUCUUCAAAGGAACCCACAUCAGACUUGGAAGCUCGAAGAAGUUCAAAACCCACUUCCCGUUGGCGUGGCCUUUUUCAAUUGGUAAGAAGUAGAUCAAAGAAGCCUUUAGCUACACUGCAUCCUCUCAGUGUCCUGAAGCUCUCAUUGAGAAGGUGCUCUAGUAUGAGAGAGAUAGUACCCAAUCUUUUUCCAAAUUCUGAUUCCUACAAUUUGAAGUCCCCAAGAACGAGCUUCACUCUCUAUGAGCUCCAAGCUGCAACCGGCAAUUUCAGCCAAGAAAAUCUGAUCGGAAAAGGUGGUUACGCUGAAGUUUACAGAGGGUGUUUGAAAAAUGGGAAACUGGUGGCUGUUAAGCGGCUGACGCGAGGAAAACUUGACGAGAUGAUAGGGGACUUCCUAUCAGAAAUGGGGAUUAUGGCCCAUGUGAACCAUCCUAAUACAGCUAAGUUAAUUGGCUAUGGGAUUGAUGGAGGAAUGCACCUUGUUCUUGAAUUGUCUCCCCAUGGGAGCUUAGCUUCUAAGCUUUAUGGCUCCAAAGAGACAUUGACAUGGAAGAUUAGGCAUAAAAUUGCACUAGGAACAGCUGAGGGUUUACUCUAUCUUCACGAGGGUUGCCAGAGAAGAAUUGUGCAUAGAGAUAUUAAGGCUGCCAACAUUUUGCUUACAGAAGACUUUGAGCCUCAGAUUUGUGAUUUUGGGCUUGCAAAAUGGCUACCAGAGCAUUGGACUCACCACAUUGUAUCCAAAUUCGAGGGCACAUUUGGCUAUCUUGCUCCGGAGUAUUUAAUGCAUGGAAUAGUGGAUGAAAAAACUGAUGUUUUUGCCUUUGGUGUACUGUUGCUGGAAUUAGUCUCAGGGCGGCGAGCACUGGACUACUCGCAGCAAAGCCUUGUCUUGUGGGCAAAACCUUUGCUUAAGAAGAGUGAGAUUAGGGAGCUAGUUGAUCCUGGCCUUGCCAAUGAUUAUAAUACUAAACAGAUGAAUCUCAUGCUUCUGGCUGCUUCUUUAUGCAUACACCAGUCUUCAUUAAGGAGGCCACGAAUGGCGCAGGUCGUGCAGAUUCUGAAUGGCAAUCUCAGCUCCGUAAAAUGCAUGAACAAAUCCAGAGUGGCAUUUUUUAGGAAAGCUGUAGCAGAGUAUAAAUCACCAAAGAACUAGAUCCAUCCCAGUUGAGCAAACAGGCUGAUUCGGCUGGCUACUUUCUUGGGCACUGGAAUCGUCCGAGGCUCCAAUUUUCCUUAACCCCAUAAGUCCAGAUUGUAGGCUGCGCCACUGAAGUUGGCUGCCAGUGUCCCCAAAUGCUAGAGGAGAAGAAAGGGAUUGAAUCACAAUGUAUUUUAACUUGUGGACAUAUAAAAUUUUAAAACAAAGAUUAUAUGAAUGCAAGGGAAAUUUAACUAAACGGGUAUAGGGAUGAACUUAAUAAAAAUGUUUUUAAUUUUGUUAUUUAUUGUAGGGAUGAACUUAAUAAAAAGUUAGGUAUUCUCCUUAAAA